AUGAGUGUUUGUCUGGAGGAAGAGGAGGGCAGAGCUGAGUCUCCGGUCUCCAGCUGUGUGUCUGUGAGGAGCGACUGGUCUAAAGAUAAACCUCCACAAUUCAGUGGUGAACCUGGAGCUUCACACACAAAAGAUCAGGAGCAGAGGCAGAGAGCUGAGUCUCCGGUCUCCAGCUGUGUGUCUGUGAGGAGCGACUGGUCUAAAGAUAAACCUCCACAAUUCAGUGGUGAACCUGGAGCUUCACACACAAAAGGUCAGGACCAGAAGCAGAGAGCCGAGUCUCCGGUCUCCAGCUGUGUGUCUGUGAGGAGCGACUGGUCUAAAGAUAAACCUCCACAAUUCAGUGGUGAACCUGGAGCUUCACACACAAAAGGUCAGGACCAGAAGCAGAGAGCCGAGUCUCCGGUCUCCAGCUGUGUGUCUGUGAGGAGCGACUGGUCUAAAGAUAAACCUCCACAAUUCAGUGGUGAACCUGGAGCUUCACACACAAAAGAGAGGAAAAGGAACAGUGGUGGCGAGAAGGAGCAGCUGUCCUGCUGUGCUUUGUGUCAGGAGGUCCUGAGGGAUCCAGUCUCCACCAGCUGUGGACACUGGUUCUGCAGACGGUGCAUCACCUCAUACUGGGACCAGUCUGAUCCAUCAGGAGAUCCUGCCUGUCCCCAGUGUGGAGAACAAUCCAGAACAAGACCUGGACCGCAGACACCCAGUCAAGCCAGCCCAGUGGACGGCGGUCUGCAGGAGGUUUUAGACGAGCAUAAGAUCAGUCUGAGGAGGAGAUGUGAAUUUGCGACAGAAGGAACUGCUGCAGCAGGAACUGGAACCCCCCUCAACAGGAUCUACACUGAGCUCUACAUCACACAGGGACGGAGGGAAGAGGUUAAUACCCAACAUGAGGUGUGGCAGCUGGAGACAACAUCCAAGAGGGCGACCCUCCAUGACACUCCAAUCAAGUGCCAGGACAUCUUUAAACCCUUGCCUGGCCAAGACACACACAUCAGAGUCGUUGUGACGCAGGGCGUUGCUGGCAUUGGAAAAACCUUCUCAGUGCAGAAGUUCACUCUGGACUGGGCAGAGGGCUUGGAAAACCAACAUGUCAGUCUUGUGGUUCUGCUUUCGUUCCGGGAGCUGAACUUGAUCAAAGAUGAGCGCUACAGUCUUCUCCAGCUGCUCCGUGUUUUCCAUCCAACAUUACAGACGGUCACAGCAGAGCAGCUCGCCGUCUGUGAAGUCGUGUUCAUCUUUGAUGGCCUGGAUGAAAGCAGGUUUUUAUUGGAUUUCCAGAACAAUGAGGUCGUGUCUGAUGUCACACAGACAUCAUCAGUAGACGUGCUGUUGACAAACCUCAUCAAGGGGAAUCUGCUUCCCUCGGCUCUCCUCUGGAUAACUUCCAGACCUGCGGCGGCCAAUCAGAUCCCUCCUACAUGUGUGGACAGGGUAACAGAAGUGCGAGGGUUCACUGACCUCCAGAAGGAGGAGUACUUCAGGAGGAGAUCCAGUGAUGAGGAGCUGUGCAGCAGAAUCAUCUCACACAUCAAGGCGUCCAGGAGCCUCCACAUCAUGUGCCACAUCCCAGUCUUCUGCUGGAUCACUGCUACAGUUCUGGAGCACAUGUUGACUACAGACCAGAGAGGAGAGCUGCCCAAGAGCCUGACUGAGAUGUACUCACACUUACUGCAGGUUCAGACACAGAGGAAGAAGCACAAGUAUGAUGAGAGACAUGACAGGAGUCAGCAGGAGCUGAUGGAGACUGACAGGGAAGUUCUUCUGAAGCUGGGCCGGCUGGCGUUUGAACAUCUGGAGAAAGGCAACCUGAUGUUCUACCAAGAAGACCUGGAGGAGUGUGGUCUUGAUGUCACAGAGGCCUCGGUGUACUCAGGAGUGUUCACAGAGAUCUUCAAAUCAGAGUGUGUGCUCUUCCAGAGAAAAGUCUACUGCUUUGUUCAUCUGAGCAUUCAGGAGUUUCUCGCUGCAGUCUACAUCUUCCACUGCUACACCAACAAGAACAAAAAUGUACUGAACAAAUUCCUGGGAAAGGGCUACAGUGAACAAUCCCUGGAUGUAUUCCUGGGGGCGGCAAUGUUCAAAGCCCUGAAACGUAGAAAUGGCCACCUGGACCUCUUUGUCCGUUUCCUUCAUGGCUUCUCACUGGAGUCCAACCAGAGGCUCUUAGCGGGCCUGCUGGAGCAGACAGAGAGCAGCCCAGAAGACAUCCAGAAAGCCAUCAGCAACCUGAAGGAGAUGAACAGCAGCAGUUUCUCACCUGACAGAAGCAUUAACAUCUUCCACUGUUUGAUGGAGAUGAACGACCGCUCAGUGCAUCAGGACAUCCAAGAGUUCCUGAAGUCAGAGAACAGAUCAGAGAAAAAACUCUCUGAGAUCCAGUGCUCAGCUCUGGCCUACAUGCUGCAGAUGUCAGAGGAGGUUCUGGAUGUGUUUGACCUGCAGGCGUUCAACGCAUCAGUGCAGGGCCGAUGGAGACUGAUCCCAGCUGUGAGGAGCUGCAAGGAGGCUCGGCUCUCUGGCUGCAGACUCUUAGAGACUCACAGUGACGUCCUGGCCUCGGCGCUGAGGUCCAAACCGUCCCAUCUGAGGGAGCUGGACCUGAGUGACAACGAGAUGCUGGACUCAGGAGUGAAGCUGCUGUCUGCUGCGCUGGAGAGUCCACACUGCAGGCUGGAGGCUCUCAGAUUGAGAAACUGCAGGCUGUCGACAAGCUGCUGUGACUCUCUGGCCUCGGCUCUGAAGUCCAACCCCUCCCAUCUGACAGAGCUGGACCUGAGUAAAAACUUUCCACAGGACUCAGGAGUGAAGCUGCUGUGUGCAGCGCUGCAGAGUCCACACUGCAGACUGCACAUUCUGAGAUUGAGUCGCUGCAGGCUGACAGCGAGCUGCUGUUCUUCUCUGGCCUCGGCUCUGAAGUUCAACCCGUCCCAUCUGAAAGAGCUGGACCUGAGUGAAAACAAGCUGCAGGAUUCAGGAGUGGAGCUGCUGUGUGAUCUUGUGGACGUCCCACACUACAGACUGAAGACUCUGAGGUUGCGAGACUGUGUGUUGUCAGAGAGCUGCUGUGCUUCUCUGGCCUCGGCUCUCAACCCCCACCUGACAGAGCUGGACCUGAGUGAAAACAAGCUGCGGGACUCAGGAGUGAAGCUGCUGUCUGAAGGACUGACGAGUUCACGCUGCAGACUGGAGAUUCUGAGAUUGAGUAACUGCUGGCUGACAGCGAGCUGCUGUGGCUCUCUGGCCUCGGCUCUGAAGUCCAACCCGUCCCACCUGACAGAGCUGGACCUGAGCGAGAACCCUCUGCAGGACUCAGGAGUGGAGCUGCUGUCUGAAGGACUGAAGAGUCCACACUGCAGACUGGAGAUUCUGAGGCUGAUGGACUGUGAGGUCACAGAUGAAGGCUGUGCUUCUCUGGCCUCGGCUCUCAAGUCCAACCCGUCCCACCUGACAGAGCUGGACCUGAGUGACAACUGUCUGCAGGACUCAGGAGUGAAGCUGCUGUCUGAACUUGUGGAGAGUCCAAACUGCAGCCUGGAGACUCUGAGGCUGGAGCAUGUAAAAGAAUGGAUUUCAGCUGACAGCCUGAGAGGAUACGCCUGUCUUCUCACGCUGGAUCCAGACAGGGCGGACCGGCAGCUCCGUGUGUCCCGGGACGGCAGGAAGGUGGUGAGGGUGAAGGAGAGGUGGUCGCAUCCCGAUGACGCAGAGGCAGCGGAGCAGGCGCCUCAGGUUCUCUGUGGCGAGGCUCUGACCGGCCGCUGCUACUGGGAGGUCGAGUGGAGCGGGAACAUUGAUGUGGGAGUGAAUUACAAAGGAUUCACAAGAAGUGGCGACGACUUCGGUUUCGGCUUUAAUAACCAGUCCUGGAGUCUGCGUUGCUAUGGUGACAAAUACAAGGCCAUUCACAAUAGGGUGUCCACCAACAUCUCAGUCCGUUCCUCUGGAUAUAACAGAGUGGCGGUGUAUCUGGACUGGCCCGCUGGUACCCUGUCCUUCUACAGAGUGUCCCCUGACAGGCUGAGACGCCUCCACACCUUCACCUCCACCUUCACCGAGCCUCUCACCCCCGGCUUUAGGCUCCACUCCUCACUGUACGUGUGCAGCGUGACUCUGUUGCCAGUUUCUCAGAGAAAAAAAAAGUGA